AUGGUUGUGUUCUGUGAGCAUCAGACAGAGUCAACCCCAGAAGAGACAACUUGUAGCAGCAGCGUUAACCAAAAACCUCUUGCAGUCUCUGAUCUAUGGGCCUCUGAAAUAACACCAUCGUCUUUAGUGUUAAACUGGAACUAUACUGAUGGUUGUGGUCCUGUUACAUACAUUGUCACAGGUGGUUCCUUGCCAGCCAAAGGACAGGUUGUUUCUGGAACAUCAACACUGAUAACAGAUCUCCCCUGUGGGGGUGAGGUCACAUUUACAGUUGUCGCGGUAGCUGCUGAUGGAACAACACAAGGAGAAGCAAAAGACUUUUCCGUCUUUACAAAACCUCUUGCAGUCUCUGAUCUAUGGGCCUCUGAAAUAACACCAUCGUCUUUAGUGUUAAACUGGAACUAUACUGAUGGUUGUGGUCCUGUUACAUACAUCGUCACAGGUGGUUCCUUGCCAUCCAAAGGACAGGUUGUUUCUGGAACAUCAACACUGAUAACAGAUCUCCCCUGUGGGGGUGAGGUCACAUUUACAGUUGUCGCGGUAGCUGCUGAUGGAACAUCACAAGGAGAAGCAAAAGACUUUUCCGUCUUUACAAAACCUCUUGCAGUCUCUGAUCUAUGGGCCUCGGAAAUAACACCAUCGUCUUUAGUGUUAAACUGGAACUAUACUGAUGGUUGUGGUCCUGUUACAUACAUCGUCACAGGUGGUUCCUUGCCAGCCAAAGGACAGGUUGUUUCUGGAACAUCAACACUAAUAACAGAUCUCCCCUGUGGGGAUGAGGUCACAUUUACAGUUGUCGCGGUAGCUGCUGAUAGAUCAACACAAGGAGAAGCAAAAGACUUUUCCGUCUUUACAACCCCUCUUCCAGUCUCUGAUCUAUGGGCCUCUGAAAUAAAACCAUCAUCUUUGGUAUUAAGCUGGAACUAUACUGAUGGUUGUGGGCCUGUUACAUACCUCGUCACAGGUGGUUCCUCACCAGCAGAAGAACAGGUUGUUUCUGGAACAUCAACACUGAUAAGUAAUCUCCCUUGUGGGGAUGAGGUCACAUUUAUAGUUGCAGCAGUAACUGCUGAUGGAAUGACAAAAGGAGAAGCAAAAGGCUUUUCUGUCUUUACAAGUAAGAUUUAG